AAAUACUCGGCCAAAAUUAAAUUUACAAAUUGAUAAUGCCUUACAGCAGAAUUCAUUAUUACGGCACGUUACGGUGAUCGUAAUAUCAAAUAUAACCUCAAACAUCAAAUUCACGUCACGUCACUUUACGUCCCGUCGCGCCUCGUUACGUAAAGUUCAUCGUAAUCGCGCCCUUACUCGUCAGUGCGCCGUGAAGAUAUCCGCCGGAUCUGGAGAUUUCGUCUCAUCUGUCUUCCGCCACGCACUGUGCCGCUUUCGGUCGUUCCGACACCGCACUGCGAAAAAUUCUGCGAUAUUCAUCAGCCGUUUCUGUCAUGUUUCAUUGUGUUUCCCGCUUCACACACGCCCGGUCAUUGCGAACGCUGGAAACGCAGCAGCUCCGCGGCUGCCGGCAGGGCACCAUAAGAUAAUUGUCGGUUUACAGAGCAGUCGUAAUUACAAAGUCCUACAAAAUUCUUGCAGGCAGCACGGCUAUGGCGAGGGAGACGCGAGAAACGAAUUCUCCGUUUGACGGGGAUAUGGCGAUGUUUAUUUAUGAACUUCUUUUGCAGCGCACUAAUUCUCUUUGUAUUUCGGGCAAACCUGCAAUGCGUCGUCGUGCGACAAUUAACUUCCCACUCAGGCCGACGGUAAUGAAACGAAAUCACAUGACAGAGAUCGACAAUUGGAGCGUAGGCAACACAUAUUAUAUUGAUGGAGUCCAAUUGAAAAACAGAGUUUGCAAAAGGAAUAACGAAUGACCAAAGGUCAACUGCGUGUGACCUGCGAAUUUCGCAAGAAGAAUCCUCGCACGAGGAGAGACGAGAUCGACAUCGCAACCGGACAUGAUGCGAAGAGUUGAGUAGAAGAAGAAAGAAGCGAAUGAUCAAGGCUGGCGAUAUGAACUUCGACAGCGUGAAUCACAUAAACGUCCAGCUGAACAAGGUUUCCGGCAACUUGCUACCGAUGACCAACGACAGUGGAUUUUCAGUAUUUUGGCUAACGUACGGCGUGGUUGUGUGGCUGUUUGAGCUGGCGCGCGCGAUUGGCUUCAUCUUCGGAUUCAUGGCAGUGUCAAUAGAGAAAAUCAUUUUGGACACCAUGAUCUCCAUCGUGUACACCACGGAGGUGAUCUUCUUGAACGUACAGAUUCAGCGGCACAAGGUGUUGAUGCGGCAGUUCAUCCUCCAGCUGAACAACAUCCUCGACGCCGGGGACGAGGUGAUGAGAGAAGUCGUGAUGACGACCAUGAAACCGGUCAUGAUUCCAUUGAACUUCUAUUGGCUGACCGGCGUGGUGACCGUGUCCAUAUGGUGCCUCAUGCCGUUAAACUUGCUGUCCAAGAAAAGUUCCUUCUACUACGAGGAUUACCGGAUGCCGGUCGCUUUCAGCAAGCAGCCCUUCUCGGCCACGGUCUUCGUGUUAGGUACCCUGGUCAUAUGGAUCUGCAGCAUAGGCAUGUACCUGAAGAAGGUCAGCGUGGACAUCUACAUGGUGAACGUGGUGUUGUUGAUGACGGUGCAGUAUCGAUACAUCACAACUAAACUCGCGCUGAUAUUUCGCAAAGGCGCUUCGUGGGACGAAGGAAACGACACUGCAGCGGGAAACUAUUCUUCCAGGGUGAAUAUGUCGGUGGAGAAGGAGUUGAAGAUGUUGUGUCGAUACUACAACACUGUGGUCCAUCAGUCGUACCUGCUAAAGAAGCUGCUGUCCUGGAACUUAAACCUAAUUUACGUCACUAGCAUAUUCCGCUUCUGCUUUGGUGCUAUACAGCUGAGUACGUCUGCGAAUUGUUGCUCGACCAACGAGAAUCGCAAGAUUGAAGCGCGUGCUGUGCAUGUGAUGUCAUUUUGCGAAUCUACAGGUGCUGGUGGCGCACUUUAUCGUGGGGUUGUCUAUCACUCUGUUCCAAAUCGGCGGAGUGAUGCAAUUUUAUAUUCUCUGCUCCUCCGUCCAAAAGUUAUCGGACGCAGUUAUGAAUCAAGCGUAUUCGGUGGCGCUUCUGGUUUUAAGGAUGAAGUAAAACACGAUGUUGCAGACACUCCAAAGUUCGUUUUCUCUUUCUUUCCGCAAAGUCAAAAUUAUCACGAAGAAACUUGUAGGCAACAAGGCUCCUAGACGCAGAAACUUAAAUCUCUGCAUUGUACUUGAAGUAAAAAGAUCUGUAUAUGAUCCAUGAGAGAAUAAAAGUAUCUUAUUCGAGCGAA